AGCGCGGCCGCCGCGAUGAAGCCGUGCGAGGAGGAGGAGGAGGAAGGGCGGGCGACGGCGGGUGGCGGCGGCGGGGACCCCUGGAAGGAGUGCGCGGAGGUGGCGGUGCAGCUGGCGCGCCGCGCCGGGCAGAUUAUUAGGAAAGCUCUAACAGAGGAAAAACAAGUGUCCACGAAGACAUCUGCAGCAGAUCUUGUGACAGAAACUGAUCAUUUUGUGGAAAAUUUAAUUAUUUCUGUUCUGAAAGAGAAGUUUCCCUCCCACAGGUUUAUUGCAGAAGAAUCCACUGCUGCAGGUUCAAAAUGUGUCCUCACCGACAGCCCGACCUGGAUUAUUGACCCUGUUGAUGGAACAUGCAACUUUGUGCACAGAUUUCCAACAGUGGCAGUGAGCAUUGGAUUUGCUGUUAACAAAGAGCUUGAAUUUGGUGUAAUUUACCACUGCACUGAAGAACGAUUAUACACUGGUAGAAGAGGUCAAGGGGCAUUUUGUAAUGACAAAAGGCUUCAGGUAUCAAAAGAGACAGAUAUCUCGAAGGCCUUAAUUUUAACAGAAAUUGGUCCAAAACGUGACCCUGCAACUUUGAAAUUGUUCCUUGGUAAUAUUGAGAGAUUGCUCAAGGCCCAAGCACAUGGGGUCCGUGUCAUUGGGAGCUCCACGCUGGCCCUGUGCCACUUGGCGUCCGGCGCUGCAGACGCCUAUUACCAGUUUGGGUUGCACUGCUGGGACCUGGCAGCAGCCACUGUCAUCAUCAGAGAGGCUGGUGGCACUGUGAUAGACACUUCAGGGGGACCUCUGGAUCUUAUGUCCUGCCGAGUGAUUGCCGCGGGCACAAGAGAGAUGGCCAUGUUCAUAGCUCAGGAAAUACAAACUAUUCACUACCAACGGGACGACGAGAAUUAAAUACUCACUGUACCGAGUUUGCCCUCCUGAACCGUGUAACGUUUGCAAGAUGGGUGUCUUGGAAGGGUACGUGAUUGCAGCAGGAUGAUUUCUGGGGAGAUUUUCUGUGUCAAAUAUUUUUUAUAAAUUUAUUACCAUGUGGGAAGGCAGAGGGAGAUUUUUAAACCUCUAAGAACCGUGUUUCCUUUUUAAUAUGUAUCUCUUUCAGCAGUAUCUUUUUUAUAAGAUAGAGUAUUUUACUUGUAGCAAAUUAGUCUCAACAUUAAGUUGUAAUUUCAUAUCUGUGGGGCUGAUAUUUAGUCUUUUGUAACAUGCAGCUAAAAAAAUGGAACUUUAUUUUUACAGAUGCAGAUCUCAGGUAAAUGAGCUUUAGGACUGUAGUAAAGGAGGAGUAGUUGAGAUGUGUGCCUAUAAUAAAACCCUUGUUUCAUGAUACUUAAGAAUGCAAUAAAAAAGGCAUUGUUGUUUCCUAACGACAUCAUAGCUCUGUAUCCAUAAAUGUACAUGUAUGUGUGUCUGUGUGCGUGUAUAUAUAUGUGUGCAUAUACACUUAUAUGUAUGCACACAUGUACCCAGGUGUGUAUGUGUAUGUAUAUGGGUAUCCUGGAUGUUUACAGCAACUUAGAGAAUGCAUAGAGAGAAGAAAGCUAAUAUUGGAAGCUAUUUUCAGGUCAUGGUUUAGGUUACGUAGGUGAUUCCAGUCGGGGGCUCUCCGAAUGGCAAAGAGCAGAGCUGACCAUGGAAAAUGUUUAAUUGUUUUACAAGCUGCCCAGCUGGUUUUGUUUCCUUUCAUCCCUCUGCAUGGGCAUAAAUCAUACUGUCCUGUAGGCCUCUGUAAGAUGCUCAAACCUGCAAACACUUACUACCAUAGAGUACUUAUAGUCAAAAUCAGGAAUAUUGAACUCCAACUGAGUUAUUCACAGUAUUAACUAUGACACACAGCAGUAGGAGGCCAGCAGAACAGAGCACAGUGUCAAAGAGCUGUUGAUUUUAGAGAAACUUUGAGCAGAACAGCAGGAUUUGGCCCCUUACAGGCAAGUUAUUAAAAAUAUGCACUUAAGAUAUGCUUGCAAAAAGUUGUAAAUCACAUGCCCUUCUUGCACAACAUUGUAAUCACACUUUUUGAUCAGAAAAACCUGUAAAAUCAAGUUACAUAGAUUUCCUAAAUACACAGUUAUUCUCUAUCCCUGUAUCUAGCCAAUAAUUUCUAUUUAGACUGUGUUUUAUAUCAUGAGCACAAGGAAAAUACAAGUAUGUCGAGAAAAGCAGUUGAUAUGAAAUCACUUCUAUUUUUUCAUCAAAAAUUUAAUUAAAAGGUAUCUCUUUUUUGCAAGAGUGCAAAUUGAAUAAAGGAAUGAGCCAAAAGAGUUGGUUAAAAAUUUUACAUUUUUUUGUACACUGCAUGUGUAGUCUUUGUAAACAUGUUCAGAUAUCUGCUUAGAAGAUACAAACUAAGCAAUAUUUUUUAAAAAUAACCUUGUGUGUGUUUCUUGCAAUGAAAAAUGUUUUUCACUGAAUAUAACAGGAAGUUCUGUGUGAUUUCUUGAUUUUUUUUUCAUGAGAAAGACAAAAAUAUUGACUGUGUGAGGAAUAUCUAAAUCCAACUAAGCAUUUAAAAGCUGAUGGUUCUUAGCAGAAAAUCAACACUUUCCAUCACAGUGAUCAACAUUUUGUCACUGCUCCGUUUUACUCUCUCCAUCUCUUUGUACCCCUGUUUGGAAAAGGAGAUUGUAAGCCCUCUGGGGCAGGGACUACAGUAGUUUGGCUCUGGGUUUUCACAGUGCUAAUAGGAUGAGAUUCUGGUCCCCAACUAGGCACCGAGGUGCUAUAAUAAUACAAAUAAUAAAUGCUAAUAGGCUC